UCCCGGAACACUGGGCGAAGAGCAAUCUGAGCAGAAAGACAGUCUCUCAGGACACGACUCAAUGGCAUCCGAGAAACGAGUCGGUGUCCUCGGCGGUGGCCAGCUCGGUCGUAUGCUGGUCGAAGCCGCCAACCUGCUCGAAAUCCGAGUAAACUUCCUUGAUGCACCCAACUCGUCCGCAAAACAACUUUCAAAUCACGACGGCCAUGUUGACGGCUCCUUCAAAGAUCGAGAAGCUAUCCAACAGCUGGCGGACAAGUCAGAUGUUGUCACCGUCGAGAUCGAACAUGUCGACACGCACAUGCUUGAGGAAAUCUCCGACAAAGUGGAUGUCCAGCCUGCGUGGAAGACGAUUCGUACUAUCCAGGAUAAAUUCAACCAGAAAAUCCAUCUGAGCGGGUUUGAUGUUGCUACAGCGGAGAGUUUGGCGCUGGAGGAGCCGAGCUUGAAGGAAUUGGAGAGAGUGAGUGAGAAGCUCGGUCUGCCAUUGAUGCUCAAGACGAGGAGAGAUGCCUACGAUGGUCGUGGCAACUUUGCUGUCAAAUCAAAAGACGACUUCAAAGCGGCUCUGGAAGCCCUAUCACCAGCAAAGGAGCUCUACGCCGAGAAAUGGGCCAAAUUCCGCAUGGAGCUCGCAGUCAUGGUCGUCAAAACCGCCAACGAUGUCCUCUCCUUCCCUACCGUCGAGACCAUCCACGAAAACAGCAUCUGUAAACUCACCUACGCUCCCGCCCGCACCGUCUCCUCCUCCCUCAACGAACGCGCCCAAGCACUCGCCAAAAAAGCCGUCAGCACAUUCUGGGGCAAAGGCGUCUUCGGCGUGGAAAUGUUCCUCCUCCAAGACGACACCCUGCUCAUCAACGAGAUCGCUCCGCGACCCCACAACUCCGGUCACUACACCAUUGAAGCCUGCCCUGUGUCUCAAUACGAAGCCCACCUCCGCGCUAUCCUCGACCUCCCUUUGCACGCAGAGGAUCUGCAACUCCGCGAACCGAGCAUCAUGCUAAACAUCCUCGGUGGCGAGCAACCCGACUCUCACCUCAUCAUCGCCCGCGAAGCACUCAAACACCGCCGCACAAAAAUCCACCUCUACGGCAAAGGCGCCGCCCGCAAAGGUCGUAAAAUGGGCCAUCUCACCGUCUGCGCGCCCACCAUGGCCGAAGCCGAAGAACUCAUACAACCCAUGAUCGACCUCGUCGAUGCCGACAAACCCAAGUCCACCUCCACUCCUCCCACCACCUCCUUCCCCUCCCCUCUAGUGGCAGUAGUAAUGGGCUCCGACUCCGACCUCCCCGUCCUCCGUCCCGGCCUGGCCAUCCUCGACCGCUUCGCCAUCCCCUACACCGUGCGCAUCACCUCCGCCCACCGCACACCCAGCUGGAUGGCCGAGUUCGCCUCCUCCGCCGCCUCCUCCAGCAUCCGCGUCAUCAUCGCCGCCGCGGGCGGCGCCGCUCACCUCCCUGGUAUGACAGCGGCCUACACGCCUCUCCCCGUGAUCGGAGUUCCGGUGAAGCCGACGAUUGGAGAUGGUAUGGAUUCCCUGUUGAGCAUCUGCAAUAUGCCGCGGGGCGUGCCGGUCGCGACGGUGAGUAUCAAUAAUAGUGUCAACGCGGCGUUGUUGGCGGCGAGGAUUUUGGGCGCUGGGGAUUUGAGCGUGAGGAAGAGGGUGGAGGAGUAUAUGGUUGAGAGUGAACGGGAGGUGAGGGAGAAGGAUGGGAGGUUGGUGGAGAUGGGGGCGGAGAGGUAUGCGGUGGAGGUGUUGGGGAAGAAGUGA